GGAUGGAAAAAUGGCUGGAAAAGAGGAGCAUUCACACUAUGAACUUGCGGUCUGUAUUUACUGCCGAGCAGCAGCGGAUCCUGGAGCGCUAUUACGAGAGCGGCAUGACCAAUCAGAGCAAGAGCUGCUUCCAGCUCAUCCUGCAGUGUGCCCAGGAGACCAAACUCGACUUCAGCGUGGUCAGAACGUGGGUAGGGAACAAGCGUCGGAAGCUGGCGUCUAAGGCGGAUCAGAACGGUGCCGCCGCUCAAGCUCUGUCCCAUCAGCAUGUUUCUUGUGCAUCUGUCGCCGGCUCGCUGCUGACGGCUGAGAUGGCAGCCAUGCGGAGCAUCCAGCGCGGCCCCCCGGUGACCCACCUCCUCCCUCCGCAGGCCUCGUCCUCCUCAUCCUCCUCUUCUCCAGCAUCUUCCUCCCCGCUCAGCGACGUGAUUCUGACCGGCGUUUACGCCAACUGCUUCAGUGCUUCUACUCACAAUAGGACAGGGACGAAAUCUUUGCCCUCACUGUCAGAGAUGGAGCCGGCCGCUCACGAUUCUGCGGACGCGGCAGCGCAUCGCAGCGCCAUCGCGGCCGGCAUGCAUCGGAAAGCCCCCAUCGUCCCCGGCUCCAACUCCGCUGGAAGCGCUCCCAGCUGGGCCAAGCAUCCGUCGCAUCCGUCCUGGCCUCAGACGUCCCCACAGAAACCAGCCCCGGCUCAGAUCCAGCAUGUCUUCACUCUGGCCGGAUUCGGCGAGCCGUCCCAGCGCCCGCGAGACCCGGCGGGGAGGAAGACGAGGCCGGUCGAGGCGGCGGAGGUCUUCUCGAUCGCGAUGGAGACGGGCGACGCUGAUGACGAGUACGCCAGAGAAGAGGAGAUGGCCAGCAUGGCGGCGCAGAUGCAGUGCGGCAGAGGCUGUGUGGAUGGUGGGCGGAGCUCCAGCGCUGCUUCCUCUUCCUUGACUGACAGCUCGGGACUCACGGAGAGGAGCCAGCCGGCCUGUGCGCUCAACCCCUCAAACUCUGCUCUCUUUGGAGAGAAGGGAUGUCAAACCGGCAGCAUCUUACUGAGCAGAACAUCGUCCCCCGGCAGCUUCCCGCUGAAACUGCUCUCGCAGACAUCUUCCAGAGCCCCCUGUCUCAAGGUAUCAAGCAACAUGUCGGCUCCCUGGCUUCACAGUAACUCGCGGAAAAGAACGCUGCAGGACAGGACGCAGUUCAGCGACAGAGACGUGUACACGCUGAAGCGCUACUGGGAUAAAGGCAUGACCAGCCUGGGCUCUCUGUGCAGAGAGAAGAUCUCCGCGGCCGCCAGCGAGCUCAGUGUGGACACAGAGAUCAUCAAGACGUGGAUUGGUAACCGCAGGAGGAAGUACCGUUUGAUGGGCAUUGAUAUCCCUCCGCCUAAAGGAGGGCCGGUCGUGUUCCCGAAUCCGACCGAUCCCCGUUCCCCUCACGUCCUCGAGGAUGACUGUCUGACUCCUGAGUGAGAGGCCAGCGAACACAACGGCCAAGUGUCACUCUGUUUGUCUGACGAUGGAGCCAGUGAUAUAUAUCUAAAGGAACAUGAUGAUGUGAACGAUGAAUCAGAUGGUUCCACUCCUGCUAAACAUGUGAAGAUAGAAAUCGUCGAAGAAGAAGAAUAUGAUGAUGAUGAUGAUGGUGACAUUUUGACCACAGAGAUGGAACAGAUGCAAAACCUCUUAGAGUUCAAGAAUGAAGAAGUGCAGUUCCUUGAGAAUGAGCUGCAGAGCCAGAAACAGAAGUUCUCGAAGCUGAAGAGCUUCACCAGAAGCCUGCUGAUCGCUGUGAAAAACAAAGACAGACAGAAACAGCGGGAGCUGUUAGCCAGUCUACCUCAGAGAGUGAAUGAGGACUGGGACCUGGGGCUGGAGAACCACAGCGAGUCUGGUGUAGAGACGCCCACCGUCCAGAGAGAGUCCUCUGCAUCAGAGGAGGAGGACCAACGGAUCAGAUGAGACUGUGAACAAACGCAGGGCAGCUUCCACCUCUUC